UUCUGUAGAAUGAAUAGUUCUGCUAGAAUAGAACUAUUCAAAAAAAAAAUUGCUUGAACAGAAAAAAGAGAUAAAUGGAAAAUCCCUCGCCGGAAAAUCUCAUACUCGUGAACCGGGAACUCGAUGGCGUGGCUUAUGUAAUAAUCAACCGGCCCAAGUCCCUCAACUCCUUGACCCGACCCAUGAUGGUUCGUCUGGCAAGGGAAAUCAAGAGCCUAGCUUCCGAUAGUUCAGUAAAAGUUAUAAUACUUUCCGGAUCGGGUCGGUCAUUUUGCUCCGGCGUGGACUUGACUGCGGCGGAGGACGUUUUUAAGGGAGAUGUAAAGGAUUUGGAAACUGACCCGGUUGCCCAGAUGGAGCGGUGCAAAAAGCCGAUAAUCGGAGCCAUAAACGGGUUCGCAGUCACUGCCGGGUUUGAGAUUGCCUUAGCUUGCGAUUUCUUGGUGGCGUCAAAAGAGGCUAAAUUCAUGGACACUCAUGCCAGGUCCCAAUUAUUUUUCCUUCUGGAAAUUAUAAUUAUAUGUGUGGAAUUGUAUGCUUAUUAUGUAGAGAUUUGAUCAUUAACACCUAGUUUUCUGAGUUAGUGAUCAAAAGGACCAAACUUUGUUAAACAAGUACUGCAUUAUGCAUGCCAGUGUAGUGGUUGCAAAACGUUAGAUUCUUGGAUCUUUGUUGAGUUAAAUAUAAUUAAUGAUAUCAAGGAUGCAUUUAAUCUUGGUCAUUUAACUUUUGCGAAUUUUUUCAAAAUGAGUAAGGCUAUCUAGCCCCAUAGUGUUUGACCUAAGUUGCAACAUAUUAAAUGAUAGAUUCAGCUAUAUAGUACUAGUCUACGUGGCUACAUUUUGUAGGUUCAAUUAAAUAAGUCAUGUGACUUUGAAUUUAAAUGAAUCUAUCAUUUAAUGCCGUAUAAUUGUCAUCUAAACUUGUGCUUAACGCUGGUGGUGAUAAAUAGCCUGGACAAAAGCCCAUUUAUUUGGGCUUAUCAUGUGUUGCAACCUUGGCUGACUUUUGAUACCAUUGGAGCUAGAUAGCAUUACUCUUUCACAAUAGGCAUCUUGUCUCGACCCCUCCCUGCGUCCCUCAGCCCCCUACUACUUGGAAGUCUCACAAGUAGCUACUGGAAGCUUGGUAGGCUCCCAAUUAGCAUGGGAGUUGUGGGAACAGGUUAGGGUAAGGGGAAUGGGUGAAGCAAUUGGGUAGGGAGGGGGGGGGGACUGGGACAUGGGUUGGGGCAGGGUUGUGAUUACGAAGAUGAGAAGAAGGUGCAGAUAGUGUUUUGAGAACAUCUACCAGAGGAUACUAUUCUAGACAAAAAUUAGGAAGGCUAGUUUUAAUUUCCACUCUCCAGUGUGGUUUUUCUU